UAACAUAUUUCCUAACUACGGUCCUGAUGAAAAAUUCCGCUGCCAAAUUGAUUAACAACGCGAUACCACCGAAACUGGCUCGCGGCCGCCCGUUCCCGGGAAUCAGGGAUCGGGGGCUGUGACAAAGACUGUAGUCUCUCAUGGUGCUAUUCACACCGAGCGAAGGCUGCACCAGAUGAUGCUCGAGGAUCGUGACUACGAACGAAACAACAACGAUUCUGGUUUAAGCGAACCCGAACCGCAAAGGCCCGAUGUGAAUGUGGUCAAUUGGCUCCGAAGAAGGAAAAAGCUCCUCCGUUGCCUAAAACCGGCCAAAGCUGCUGGUGGAAAGCAAAAGAAUAAGGCUCCGAAGAAGGAAAAAGCUCCUCCUCCGUCGUCUAAACCGGCCAAAUCUACUGGUGGAAACCAGAAGAAGAAGAUCAGAUGAAGCUUACUUAUGUUUAUCUUGUGAUCAGAAUAUUCAUUCCGCAAAUGCAUUAUCAAAUGCCAUUCGAGAACACUUGUAUGUGAUAAAUGCAAUUCUUAACCGGCAGUUGUUCGAUGUGUACAAGAAAAACUAUCACUUUGUCAAAACUGCGAUUGGGAGAGUCACAGCGGAUCUAAUUCAGCUUCGGGUUCCCACAGCCGUCAGACCUUGAAUUGUUACUAUGGCUGCCCGUUUGCAGUCGAGUUAUCCUCAAUCUGGUCGUUUAUGUCCGAUUCGGAUAACAAAAAACGGUUAAGAUUCUGCAUGUGAGCUGGAAAUGGGGUUGAUGAGCAUUACAGAUAGCAAAAGUGGUCAAGAUUUAUUAGUACCAAUUGAGAAUAAUGAUGCCCAAAAUGUAUUUCAACAACCCGAUCCAAAUUCAAGGUAAAUUGAGUUGGGUUUACGUAAUAUUUUCGGUUAUGAGUUCAAAAUUGGAUCUUGAACUUUGGUUUUAAAAAGCCGUGCAGCGCACAUGAGGCGUUCAUUAUUAUAAAAAAAUACUAAAAAAUGUUAUGGAUAAUAUUUUGACCUGUUAACUUAUAAACACUAAAAUAUGAGAUAUUCCCGUCAUCUUUGGUCAGCUUUGUUUGAUAGGUGGUCUAAUUUGCUCAAAUACUGGCCACAUAAAGCGUCACAUCAGUCGCAUCACACUCGCAUCAUGGAAUCGCAUCAAUUGCUGUGAUGCGAUCUCAUUACCGCACCGCACAUUACGCGCUUCUGAUGCGCUUCUGAUUAUACUGGUUCCGAUUUGGUUGUACAGCUCUGUCCUAAUUUUGCAUCUCAUGGUUCGAUUUAUUGCACCAGAAACUUAAGGUCAUUACCUGUUUAGGUUACUGUGUGGGACAGAAAGUGAAGUUAAUGCUGAAAUUGUACGUCUUAAAGCUGAAGUUGUGAAGGUAGAAAAAGCCUUAGAUCAUGCUACUCCUGGGGAUGAUUUGUAGAAGGCGUUACGGAUGAUCAUGCAGUAUGAACCGCCGGAGCCGAAGAGGAGCAAAGACAGUCCGAUGGAGGAGUCGCUGGAGGUGAAGAAUCGGGGGUUGCAACGGGAGUUGUAAUGGCGGCUGCGGCGGAGAAGCGGAUAACGGCAAACGACAAAUAAGGACGAAUUUCAUGAUAAACAGGAAGAGGAUAUUAUCAUGGGAGGCUUUGAUGGUGUGCGGGGAGGACCUCCGCACAAGGCCCACAAUUUCGAGGGGCAUGCGAUUUAAAAAAAAUUCGAUACGUAUAUGUUAUUUUUUUUAAAUAGUAAACACAUACCACUUUCAAUAUAAGCCAAUUUAUAAAUCAUUUUUUAUGUUUUAGAAUUUAGCCCACUUGGAAUUAGGUUUAUUAAGCCCAAUACUAAUUUGAUCUUUUUCAAAUAAUAACAAAACAUACUAGAAGGGCACAUUUUUUCAAUCUCGAACAUGGUACGUAAAUUCUCAGAGACGCCUCUGGAUAUUAUGAAAGGGUAUCUUUUUUUUUAGUAUUCCAAAAUUCAGACAUAUAAGAAUGAUAGUUUCAUCUUAAAUAUACUUAUUUUUUAAAAAGUGGCACUACUCACCCAGUUUUGUAUGUUUUCUUUUAAUUCUUAUGAAACAUUUUCGUGUGAUAGAAUUAUGUUGCUGGAAAAGUAGCUGAGCAUACUCUAUCAGAAACAAGGGCGUGCGAUCCAUGUAGAAUUAUGUUGCUGCAAAGACAGUCCGAUGGAGGAGCCGCCGGAGGUGAAGAAUCGGAGGUUGCAGCGGGAGUUGAUGGGGUUGCGGCGGAGAAGCAGAUUGCAGCAAAAGGCAAAGAGGGACGAACUUCAUAUAUAAUUUAGUUUGGUUCUGAACUGAAAAUUGUAGAAAAAAGGCGUGAUUUGAUGAUUUAUCUGAAAUAAUAUUAUACAAAAUCUUUACAAAUAGAUCUUAUGAUAGAAUUAUGUAUCUGAAAUAAUAUUAUACAAA